AUGAGGGAUAAGAUUGCGCUUGAUCCGGUACAAUAUCGCGCCGCUAUAACGCAGUACGAGUCGAGAACGGCGAAGUCUUACGAAUACUUAAGGAAUCACGGUGCUUACGACAGCUCUGAGUGGCGAGGAGUCACUAUUUGCUGCAUGGCUCGCGUGCAAACCGACGUCGAACAAGAAACUGCUGGAACAGAUGAAGCGUCCUUCAUACUCGACUGUUCCUGGUGCUAUGACCGGUUCAUUCUUCGAGGCUGCCAAAUGAUGACCUCUGCAGUUAACGAAUACAUGAAGGCGCGUGUCGCGCAACGCUUCCAAGCUACUAGAGGUGGAACCGAAUACCCAUGGCUAAAGAGGAAACACACAGGGGGGAUUUGGGGUCAUAAGGUUGAAUGGACGAGGCAAGGGCGUUGUUGGACAAUCGGGGAGCGAGAAGAGCUUGCCACAGGACUCAAGGCAGCGUGGAAACAUUGUUCCCGGAUGGCUCUUCAGUUCAGCGAAUGA